GAUCGUUAACCCUUUGCGAGCGCAUGUUAGCAACCGUAUGAGCACAUGUUAGCACACUUUCAAAAAAAGUCUUCUCCUUUCUUCUCCCUGCCCUGUUUUUCCUUCCGACAAUAACAUAGAAAGCUGUCCGAAACCUUAAAAAAUCAUGAGCAACCGCAACGGUUUACUCGAUCUAGAGAAGCAUUUCGCCUUCUACGGAGCUUAUCACAACAACCACGUGAACAUAAUCAUCCACACACUAUUCGUAUGGCCUAACGUCUUCGCCACCCUACUUUGCCUCUACUGUACGCAACCGAUUCUUGAUCCAUCUCAAUUAGGGUUCAUCGAAGCGUUGACCUUCGACAGUGCCCUACGCUUGGACAUUGGUUUUAUUCUCACUGUGAUCUAUGCUGUCUUCUACAUAUGUUUGGAUAAGAAGUCUGGAGUUUUAGCUGCUCUGUUAUGUUUCUCUUGCUGGAUCGGCUCCAGCUUUCUCGCAGCUCGUCUAGGACAUUCCUUGACCUUGAAGGUUGGAGUAGCUUCUCAGCUCCUAUGCUGGACCGGUCAGUUCCUCGGUCACGGCUUGUUUGAGAAACGAGCUCCUGCGCUUCUAGACAAUCUAGUCCAAGCUUUUCUGAUGGGUCCUUUCUUCGUGUUGCUCGAGGUGAUGCAGUCUGGUUUUGGAUACGAGCCAUACCCUGGAUUUAAAGCACGCGUUGACUGCAGGAUAGAGAAUGAUAUCAAGGAAUGGAGAGAAGAGAAACAGAACAAGAAGAAGCUCAUGUAAGCUCUCAUAGAUAUACAGAACAAAAGGGUUUCACAGUGGUUGUUAAAGAAAGCAAAUGAUGUGUAGACUCAUAUGAGGCCCAAGCCCAUUAAACAAUAUUGUAUUGUAAGUCAUCGUGUGACUCGUUUAAAGAUCUCUUUACAUGACUA